AUUAGAUACAGCAAAUACGCGUCUAGGCUGAUCAACGUGCCCUGUUCCGAUCGUUUGAUAACUUAUAACCGUUUUUCAACCCAACGAUCAAAUUUCGGUUAAAUUUAGGGGCUAGUUACGUGAUUAAAAUUUUAUUAAUUUCACCAGUUUCUAAUGUUUUGCGCAAAUUUAUGUAUACCUACAUAAAUACGACAUCGAGGAAAUUGUCUUUUCUUUUUUUCUUUAAAGUUCGCUGAUGUAGAAAAGUAUUCUUUCUGUAUUCUUUGUCGCAGACUUUGUUCGAUAGGAUUAACCGAAUGCGCGUCUAUCUUGCAUUUUUCACGAUAUCGAUAUACCGGAAACUACAUGUGUAUGACAUGCGUACUCUAUCGAUAUUGCGUGUUUUUUUCAAUCGGUAUAAACAUGUACUCCUCUUACACGUAUCGAAUCAUCAAAGAAUUGAAAAUAUAUCGUCGCUCGUGUUAUUGAAUACAUUAAAAGAGAUGUACGAAUAGAUAAAUGGAACAAUUGGAAGAAAGAAACUUUAUUUGGCGCAUUCCAAAUGGAAUUAUCGAACGUUCUGUUUUAUCGACAGUAUAACGAUCGAAAGGAAGAGUAGUAACUGUUACGUCACGAUCUAUCGAAAGAAAAGCGAUUAUGUCAGAGGGUCACCGUGUCAAGUUUAUUAUGUUAAUUUUCAAACAUUGAUCGCUGUUUAUUAUCACCAUUUAACACGAUACAAUUACGUACUAUUUUAUUUAUAAUCGUGUAAAAUGUUUAUCGAUGUUAUUUCAGUGAAAUAACUGAAGGCUUUUAAGGAUCGACUCACUUGUUUGCGUGAUGCGGGUUAUUUUCCCAGUUUUGAAAAAUUCCAAAAUUUAAAAAGUCCAGAAUUAAAGAGUUUGAUAAAUUCACAAAGUCCUAAAGUUUCAGUUUUGGAAACGAUCGCUUUUAUCGAUCCGCACAUUUGUAAUGCGAAUUUUAAAAGAAAGAGAAGCUUACGCUUCAAUAUUUAACGCGACCUGUCCAAAUUCAGCUCGUGACCCAGCAGUAGAUCGGGACUCAAUCUUUGACCUGAACUGUUCUUGGGCGCACCGAUUAUAUCCGAAGGCAUCGAUUUCAAAUGAAAUAUUUCCUCGAGCUUUUAUGUAGUUCUAUCUAAUCGUUAGUUUUCAUCGGAUCGCAAAAUACACGCCGCAGUAAUGUAAUAAAGAAAAGGACUAAAACACGUGUUACUGUUCGUUCACGUUGUAUUGUAAUAUCGAUUUACGUCAUAAUUGCUUAUUACGUAGAUCACGCGUAUAAUCGCAAAUGGCAGAACAGGUAUGUUGAAAAGCUGCGUUGUUGAUUGGUCUAUAGAAUGUAAUUUAGUUUAUGUACAUAUGUAGAAAUUAUUUUCGUCGGCAAUCGAUUAAUAACUUCCAACCAACUUGUAAUUGAAAAACAGUCCAUGUCUUCCCGGUGAUACAUACUUUCAGUUUGACACGAUUUUCUUCUACACUCACCGAUUUUGUUAUUUGUACGUUUUCUAUACAGAUAAUGACGAUGAUUGUUGCAAAGAAUUAUCCUUCAGUUCAGGUCCGGUCAUGCGUUGAUAGUAGGUUAAGUAAAGAAGCUGAAAGCUUGCGGUAAGCGAUGCAAACUUCACGAAUCGUGUUUUACGCUUGUCGUUUGAAAGCUGAAGAAAGAAAAAAGUGUAGCGAGAUUUAGGGAAAGGAAGCGACGAUUGGGAAAGUUAGACAGCUUCGAUCUUACGAUCGAACUCGGCGUGUUAUUAAAUCUUCUACCUUUUUUCGCAGCAGCUUUGUCAAGUUACGAUUUCGAUGGCGCAGCUAAAUAAACGCUGCAUCAGCUGAUACAGGCGGGAAAUUCAAAGACCGCUGUUUUCUUUCGAUAAUCGUAUGCGACUCCUCGGUAAAAGAAAAGUUGAUUUAUUGGUAGGAAAAUAGUUAUAAUUCAGGUUUAUCUCUGCAUAUAAACGCAUAAAGAGUGCACGUUGCUCCAUAAAAGUUUAAAGUACGUUGAAGAGUGCUAUGGAAACUCGGUUGUUAAACGAAACUUCGCUUCUCGAGGAACAGGUAUUAUAAUUAUAUAAUUAUAUAACACGCAUCUAUAUUCGGGCACAGCGGAGAAUGAAUGGUAGUUACGUGAAUCGACCUGAAAUUAAUUGGUAGCUAACGAAGUUGGACAGAAAUAAAGAUCGCAGUGACAUGGUUUGUUUGCUCUACGUCAAAUUGUCGAUGCGUGGUUCUAUUUCACGCCACUCGUACAUAACGCCCUCUCGAUGUUACGAGUAUUAACAAAGUAGAAAAUGAAAAGAAGCGUAGAAAACGAUCGCUCGGUCGAUUAUAUUGAUCUUAGAAAAUUGUGAUCAGUGAAAGAGAGGGAAGUUGUUUUUUCUCUCGAAUUCGAACGUAUUGUAAUUGCGAUUUUUAUUCGAUAAUCCGAUUCGUUCAGGUAGCUUUUAGUGUCGCGUAAUAUACUAACGCGUGAUAAGAAGCGAUCAUUAUCGUCCGCUUUCAACGCAUCGGGAUUUGCUAGACGUUCAUCCGGCAACAGCUCAGGUGACCUAACCUUGAAAAGGCGGAGCGGAAGCAGAGCUCUGAAACGCGUUACUAUGCUAUCUGGCUACAUGACACCCUCUUAUAUGGGCCGCGAUGAAUUUCUUUCUAUACGGAUUUUCAACGACAAUCAAGAAGGUUGCAUAGAAGGAGUUUCUAUAAUUAUACUUUUGUUCCGAUAACUCCUAAGGUCUAAGGCGAUACAGGCGAUAAGGUGAUUAUCGAAAAUCUUUUCUUUCGUUAUUUUUCAAUGGCGAAUUGAAUUCCUUCGUGUCAGGUUACGAAAAUUGUGAAUUUUUUGAAUUGGGGCAAAACCAGUAGAUUACGCGACAAUACAUAUGUGUAUAGCAUUACAGCUGUAUACUAAAAUGCUUUUCUCGCUAACAACUAUCCCCGAAGAGUAUCGCUGCUUGAUACGUAUCGAGCACGAUGGGUAUUUAAAUUCUCGAACUUUUUAAUAGAACUGUUUUACUUGUUAGUCGACGCGUGACAGUUGUUUAUGAUGCUCAAAGAGUCUUAUAGAAAUUUUGUUGGAAGAAAAAGAAAGCGAGUAAUAGUAGUUGAGUCCGAAGAAGAAUCGUGAGAAGAAAGGGUUGAACAAUAGGGGGGAGUCGUCUCGAAGAGAACGUAGCCAGGUGCGAUAUGAAUCGACGACAGACGAUUCUCGAGAGACACGAGUUUUUUCUUUUCCAUAAACAGCGAGAAGUUUCAAUCGAGAGAAUAGUAGAUCGAUCGAGCUCACUGCCGACCUUGAUGACCUAAAAAGCGGCUCUCCGCUCGGCAGAAUCGAUUCGUCAGGAUGACGGUACUUCGUGGCUAAAGGAUACUGUUCGUUCAACUUGGUGAUUCGAGCAGAACAAUCUACCGAAUCAUCAGAAGAGAGGUGCAUCUUCUGUAUUGUCCCUCCUUCGGUGGAGAGGGAAAGAAGGUCGAGUUUCCGAGAGCAAGAAACGAUAUAUGUAUAAAUAAAACAGUGUAAGAGGAAAGGAUUUUAAAACGGGGGAGAGACUGAGCGAAGAAAGGUUUCGAGCGAAAUCGGAAAUAAGGGAGCGGUGAAAGACGGGUGGUGGAAGAUUGAGAAAAGAGAAGCGAAAAAUGACAGGCAGUCGCAAUAGCGAAAUAGAUCCGGAAGUGAGGGUACACGGUGACGGUGGAAAACAUACGGUUCAUUGGUUUCGCAAAGGUCUCAGACUUCACGACAAUCCUUCGUUGAGGGAAGGUCUCGCCGGUGCCUCCACCUUUCGGUGCGUCUUCGUUUUGGACCCAUGGUUCGCUGGAAGCACCAACGUUGGCAUUAACAAAUGGAGGUUCUUGUUGCAAUGUUUGGAGGAUCUCGAUUGUUCGUUGAGGAAACUGAACUCCAGACUGUUCGUGAUACGAGGUCAACCAGCCGAUGCCUUACCGAAAUUGUUUAAAGAAUGGGGCACGACGAACUUGACUUUCGAGGAGGAUCCAGAACCAUUUGGACGUGUUCGAGAUCAUAAUAUCUCGGCACUCUGUAAGGAGCUCGGUAUCUCGGUGGUCCAAAAGGUCUCGCAUACUCUCUACAAGUUGGACGAGAUUAUCGAGAAGAACGGAGGAAAGCCGCCAUUGACGUAUCAUCAGUUUCAAAAUGUUGUUGCCUGCAUGGAUGUACCGGAACCACCGGUGCCGACAGUCACUUUCGCCUGCGUAGGAUCCGCUUACACCCCAGUGAAAGAAGAUCACGAUGACCAUUAUGGUGUUCCUACGCUCGAGGAACUCGGAUUCGACACAGAAGGAUUAUUACCACCCGUAUGGGUUGGGGGCGAGAGCGAAGCGUUAGCGCGGCUGGAACGGCAUUUAGAGAGGAAGGCUUGGGUAGCCAGUUUCGGAAGACCGAAAAUGACCCCGCAAUCUUUAUUACCCAGUCAAACGGGUCUUUCGCCUUACUUGCGAUUCGGAUGUCUCAGCACCAGACUUUUCUAUUACCAGCUCACCGAUUUGUACAAAAAGAUUAAGAAAGCUGUACCACCACUUUCUUUACACGGUCAGCUUCUGUGGCGCGAAUUCUUUUACUGCGCGGCUACGAACAAUCCAAACUUCGAUCGAAUGCAAGGAAAUCCAAUUUGCGUGCAGAUCCCUUGGGACAAGAACAUCGAGGCGUUGGCCAAAUGGGCAAACGGUCAAACGGGAUUUCCAUGGAUCGAUGCGAUCAUGACUCAGCUAAGGGAAGAAGGUUGGAUCCAUCACUUGGCUAGACACGCUGUCGCUUGUUUCCUGACCAGGGGUGACCUUUGGAUCUCCUGGGAAGAAGGAAUGAAGGUAUUCGACGAACUUUUGUUGGACGCUGAUUGGUCCGUUAAUGCAGGAAUGUGGAUGUGGUUAUCGUGUAGUUCGUUUUUCCAGCAGUUUUUUCAUUGUUACUGUCCAAUAAGAUUUGGUAGGAAAGCCGAUCCAAACGGUGAUUACAUCAGGCGAUAUUUACCAGUUUUGAAAAAUUUUCCUACGAGAUACAUUCACGAACCAUGGAACGCGCCGCUUAGCGUUCAACGAGCGGCGAAAUGUAUUAUUGGAAAGGACUACCCGUUGCCAAUGGUAAAUCACAGCAAGAGUUCGAGAAUCAACAUCGAGAGAAUGAAGCAGGUCUAUCAGCAGUUAAACAAGUAUCGUGGGAAUGGAGCUCCCAUUAAAGGUUUAUUGAACACGUUAUCGCCUCCAGUGACGAAAGGAAACGAGGAGGAAAAGAAAAAGCAGGUGCAAUCUCCCUCACCUUCUGAAAAUCAAUUGAAAAUGGAAACUCUUGCCAAAACGACGCAGCAGCAGCAACAACAGCAACAGCAGCAACAGCAGCAACUCCAGCAACCACACCAUCAUCAACAUCAACACCAAUAGCGGCAAUUACAGCGAGAUUGUAGCGAUAAUCACGCGAUAUUUCGGAAAGACAAUUUGUUUAAUGUGUCGUUAUUUAUUUUUUUUUCUUUUCGACACGAAAUUGCUACAGAUUGUACGCGUUAUUUAUCGCUACAACCAUUUUGCGAUGAUUGGAAAAUGUUCGAGAAAGAGUAUGUUUGGGAAUCUUAAAUGAAUGUGAAAUCGUUGUUUUAGUAUUCGGUGAUCGGUUGUGUAAUACUAACGUGAUCGAUACCGCAUAAAACAUUUCUACGAUGGAUUUCGGUAUGUUUAUGAAUGCAAAGAGUUACGCGAAUUUUAUAUUCUUAUUGUUGUACAUAAAUAGAUUUUUCAUGUAAAUAUGAACGACGUUUGUUAUUUAAUUGAGAUGCCAGUAUUAGUUUCAACUCCUACCUAACGUCGUCUAUAAUGUAUACUACUUUCAUGAAGAAUAAUUUCGAUUAAAUUGUCAAAUUCGACUA